AUGUCAAGAGCCAGGUUAGACCCUAGAGGCUUCUUGCUUCGAUGUCGAAGAAACUAUAGCACAUCUCCACGUUACUUCCAGGAAGCACGCCCUGCGAGCGCACCGAAACAGCAACCUCCCAUUACUCAGAUCCGCAACAAUGUCUCGGUGUACGAAAACAACGCCGUGGUCCGGAAUUGGGCCAGUCACAAGGAUCUACCGAAAAAGAUCAAGGACCAGUUCGUGGCAGCCAGCGAGAUCGACCAUAGCCUGAGAGAACCCCGCCGAAAGGUCAAGGACCUGCAAAAACAAGUCAAUGCGACCAAGGGCGACAAGUCGCAGGUGAUUGCGGAGAUGAAGAGUAUCAGACAAGAGGUGGCAGCACGGGAGGCUGAACUGGCAACCCUUGAAACAGAAAUGCACAAUCUUGCCAUUUCACUCCCGAACUUGACCUCUGAAAGUACACCUCUUGACGACGAGCCUCGACUUAUUCGAUACAUCAAUUACGAUCCAGCCAGCCCACCGCAGUACCCCGACUCGGCAGAUCAUUCCAGUAUCGGAGAGAAGCUAAAACUGUUGGACUUUUCAUCCGCUUCCAACACCUCAGGAUGGGGGUUUUACUAUCUGCUCAAUGAAGGCGCAAUGCUCGAACAAGCACUUGUUCAAUAUGCUCUAUCCGUGGCUAUGCGCCGAGGCUGGUCUAUGACCACACCCCCAUCGCUGGUCUAUUCGCAUAUCGCCAACUCAUGCGGCUUCCAACCUCGAGACCAGAACGACGAGCAACAAAUCUGGCAAGUAUCCCAGCCCGAAAAGGACUCUGGGAAACCCACGCGCAGUUUAUCAGCCACAGCAGAAAUCCCUCUCGCAGGCAUCCACGCCAACAGCGUCAUUCACGAACAAGAUCUCCCAAUCAGAAUGGUUGGUACAAGUCGCUGCUACCGCGCCGAAGCCGGCGCACGAGGCGUUGACACCAAAGGUCUAUACCGUGUGCACGAGUUCACCAAAGUCGAAAUGUUUGGCUGGACCAACUGUCCCCUUCCCGAGGAAACCAUCCCCUCAGACGACAGUCUGACCGAAUGGUCCGGCCCACUCUGGCAAGAAAUGGUCGACAUCCAAGUCGAAAUCCUAACCAAUCUGGGUCUCCCAUGUCGAUUACUACAAAUGCCAUCGACCGAUCUCGGUGCAAGCGCAUUCUGCAAGAUCGACAUUGAAGCCAUGUUCCCAUCCCGCAAGAGCCGGGACGGAGGAUGGGGCGAAGUCACUUCAGCGUCCAACUGUACCGACUAUCAAAGUCGAAGACUGAAUACCAGAAUUUUGGAUGCCGCGGGGUCGAGGAAACGGUUCGCUCACACGGUAAACGGCACAACCAUGGCUGUUCCCAGAGUUUUGGCCGCUAUUCUGGAAAACGGCUGGCGUGAGGAUCAAGGCUGUGUCAUGAUUCCAGAGGUUUUGAGGAAGUAUAUGGGAGAUAUGGAUAGAAUUGGGCCAAAGUGA